AUGCAGCAGGAUGAGGUCAACGCUGAGCUGGCGGCAGGUGACGGCGACAGCGAUGGGUGCGCGAAGACCAAGCCUGCGGCCGGCCUGCGCCGCGCGCCGCGCGCCGCGCGCCGCGCGCCGCGCGCCGACCCCCUCUCUUGCGGCGCGCCCGCCCACGCAGACGAACGCGGGCGCGCAAACGCGGCGCUGCAGCGGCUGGUGGCGGGCGGCAGCAGCGAGGAGGGCAGCGGCGACGGCGAGGGGCGGCUCAGCGACAGCGACUCCCUUUGGGGCGCAGGGGGUCCGCAAGCGGCGUGCAUCAUGCCCGUCGCGUGGCACCAGACGCUGCUCUGCUUCAGGCAGCGCCACAAGGCAGAGGUCCGCGCCGCCGACCGCAACGCGCUCCGCCGCUUGUACGCGGCGCGGCAGCACUGCCAAGUGGCGCCCGAAGCGCUUUGGGAUCUGGACCGCUCGGCGCCGCGCGAGCAGCGGCGGGCGGAACGGCAGCGGCGGGAGGAGGCAGGCAGCGGCGGCGGGCGCGAGCGCGGGCGUGGGGUUGUUUGGAUCCUUUUCAUUUACUGCGGCAGCAGCGGCGGGGGCGAGGGCGGGGCUUUGGGCGGCGGCGGUUGCAUCCCAGAGCGACGUGUGUUCAACGCGGACUACACCAUUAUGCGAGACCGUGACCCCGUGCUGCGCGCCAAGCUCAAGGCGCACUCGGCGUCACUCACAGCGGCGCUCGUCGUGGUGGACGAACCAGGGUUUAAGGAGAUUGCCACCGCGAGUCUCGACAAGACCCUGGCGACCUGGCGGAUCGAGCCCGACCUUGAAGUCCCGGCCAUUGCGGCGCAGCGCAACGAGGUGGUGGGCGCCCCUGUCUUUGCCCUCGUCCCCGCCACCACGCCCGUCAGCAGCAAGCCCAGCGGCAGCAGCAGCCCCGGCGGCACGCUCGGCGCCGACAGCAGCGUCGGGCCGGUGUGGUGCGGCCUGGCGACCAAGGAGAUCGCCAGCUGGCAGCCGGGCAGCGCGGCGCUUUCAGAAAAGAUCCGCAUGAACGGCCACACGGGCUGGGUGCGGUCGCUGGCGACGAGCGGCCGCUACCUGCUGUCCUGCGGCUGCAACCACCUGCGCCAGUGGGACACCACGUACACCAUCCCCAAGGAGGUGUCCUCGCACUCGCUGUUCACGGGCGACAUCCUCGCGAUCGCGGCGGCGGGCAAGCGCGUGUUCACCGCCGGGGCAGACGGCAGCGUGCGCGCGUGGGCGCUGGGCAGCAAGGGGAAGGAGGGGCGAGAGGGGGAGCUGCGGGAGCUGGCCAGCCGGGAGAAGGCGCACGACGGGCGCGUGACGGCGCUGGCAGCGGCGGGCAGCCUGGUGUUCUCGGUGUCUUACGACGGCCGCAUCAAGGGCUGGGACGUGGAAUCCCUGAACCUGGUCGUCAAGCGCUCCGCCGCCCACAACGGCGCGCGCGUGCAGUGCGCGGCCAUCGGCGGCGACGGCCUGCUGUACACCGGCGGCGACGACGGCCUGGUGCGGCGGUGGGACCCCGUCGAGCUGCAGCCGAUCGGCGAGCCGCUCGACGCCCACGGCGGCCACAGCGUGCGCGUGCUCGCUGCGGGCCGCGGCGGCGGGGACUGCCUCGUGUCGGGGGAUGCAACGGGCGAGGUCGCGGUGUGGGCGGUGUGA